AUGUGGAAAGACAGUAUCGACGCAUCUGCUAAAACAUCUGGAAGCGGUGCUGUAGCAAGAAGCGCAAGUCGCAGGAAGAGAACAAGCUUCUCAAAGGAACAUGUUGAGCUUCUCCGUGCCACAUUUGAGACAGACCCUUAUCCAGGAAUCAGCCUCAGAGAGAGUCUCUCCCAAACUACAGGCCUACCGGAGUCUCGCAUACAGGUAUGGUUUCAGAAUAGGAGGGCUCGCACGUUGAAAUGCAAGGGUGGAAAGAAGCCGCUGUGGCAGUCCGAAUCACCGUAUAGUGCAAUGCAGAAUUCGCCGCUUCAGCUACACUCUUCUAAUAGCAACAACAGCGAGUCUGGUGCAGGUGUCGGGCCUUUGUGCACUCCACCACCAGCGUAUCCCAAUCACAUUAAGGAAGAAAUGGAAAGGGAUGGACUUUAUGGAUGUGACACUCCAUCUUCCUUGUCAGUCGGCGACGAUUCCGGCUACUGCACCCCUUCAUACGGACACCAUCAGGCCAGAGCCGUGAACUCUCACUGCAGCCCUCCUUUGCUGAGCCCAGAGCAUCAGAUACCUUCAAACUGGGCUAACAGGCAUGACAGGAGGUCACCUAUGAGCUCCACGUGGAAUUCAUAUCAUCUUGACGCCUAUGGCUGCAAUCCCACCUCCAUCCAAGGCUUUUUUUACUCUCCGUCUGAAAAACGCAACAGCCUUCAGCCGCUGACCCCUGUUACCCCAGACUCGGGCUGCUGGGAGGGUGGUUUGGAGAGAACUCCUCCAGCCGCAGAUAACCCAGACGUUCAGAGGAUGGAGGAAAGCAGGAUUCACCACGGGCCUCUGCCUGAGCUGCCGGCCCUGUCCCUACAGGAGAUCCUGGGAGAGCUGCAAGGAGACUGGUGGCAGGGUGAAGGACUAAACAGCCAAUCUUCUGAGGACAAGCACGUGUAUGGCUGA